AAGAAAAAAAAUCGAUAGAAGUGGCUGUGUGGAAGAAGCCAAGAAAGAAAAUUAUAGCUUCAAAAUCCCAGAUGUGGUCCGCAGACUUGGCCUUUCCCGCUGGAGACGAGAGUGAUAGCAGCGAUGAGUGGGACAUCGGCCUCUCAGAGAAAAAGCCUUCAGCUAAAAAGCGAGAAGCUGACACUGCUCCUGCUGAAGAUGACCCUGUGUCUUUGUUAAAGAGAGCCAUCUAUAAAGGAGAUGUAGAGACUAUGGAACAACUACUGGACAAUGGCCUGGAUGUGGACAGCAGACUGGACUAUGGCUGGACUCCUCUCAUUUACGCUGUCAAUGGUGGAAACAUUGAACUCACCAAGAUGCUGCUGGACCGGGGAGCCAGCGUCAACUUCAGCAAAGAUCACUGGACGGUGCUAAUGGCCUGCUGCACAGCCUCUGUCCCAGAGGAGAAAAUCUGCAGCUGUAUGGAGCUUCUGCUGUCCAAGAACGCAGACCCCAACAUGAUGGACAGGUCCCAUAUGUCAUGCCUGAUGUUGGCCUCUAGAGAUGGCUAUUCUAAAGUCAUCAACCUGUUAGUGUCCCAUGGAGCCAGCGUCAAUUCCCAGGACCUGAAUGGAUACACUGCCCUGUGUUAUGCAGUGCAGUACGGCCGAGAAGAGUCUGUGCUCAAACUGCUGCAACUUGGAGCUGAUAAAAACCUCAAGACCAAGCUCGGAAUAUCCGCAUCAGAUUUGGCAAUGCAGUUUAAACAUUCACAGAUUACUAGGAUCCUGGAAUCUACUUGGAACCAAAACCCCUGUGCUAAUCCAUACUUCUCAGAGGAAUCUCGAGACUGCGCAAGCAAACUGGAUGAUCUGGAGCUUCUGUUUCAUGGUUUCGGCCUGGGCUACCUCGCUGACGUCAUCAUUGACCAUGACAUCAGCUGGAGUCAACUGCUCACCAUGGACAAGACUGAUCUCCACAAGAUUGGGAUAACAGAACCGAAGGACCAACAGAAGGUUUUGACUGCAGUGCAGCAGAUGGAGCUGGACCGAGUGGAUCUGGAGAACAUCAGUGAACUGGAAGCAGCCAACGCUGGGACUGAGGAGCUGCACAGGUUCCUCAUUAGUGUGAGGGAGCAGUGCCGUGACGUCACAGAAGCCAUUCAGGACGUGGUGAACCGUUUCCCCCGCAGGGCCUCUCAGUUGGUGUUUUCUCUGGACCCUGAUCAAGAGGCUCGGUAUGCGUGUAACCAGCUCCUGAUCCAGACCGAGGAGUUGCAGCGGGAGGUCACUCUGCUCCAGAACCUGUUUUGCCAGGUGAGCCAGGAUGACGACUGCCCUAACGUUCCAGAGCUUCCUUCCAAACUGAGCUGGAGGCGUGUCCUGAAGGGGGCAUCACUGAGCAUGCUGGGAGCCGGAGCCCUGCUGCUGUGGGCUAAAGGCUCAGGUGUGCGAGCUCACCUGCACCAGUGGAGCAGGUGGUAACAAACACUGGAGGUUUCCAUGGAGAGCACAGGAACACAAUCACAUGUUAGACCAGUAGCUGUGUCGACAUGUUGACUGAAGUUUGGAUUUUGAUGUUUGUAGUUGUUGAUUUAUGUUAGCAAGCUGUUCAGAAAACUUUUAUAAUAAAAGUAAACAGUAUAUUGAAACACUU